AGCCGGGAGGGAGAAAGGGAAGUGCCUUUGAUCUCUCUUCUCCUCAGUGGAGUGAUAGCGAUUAGAUGGCAACAGAGGAUGUGAAGAGGAGCGAAUCGGCAGCAGUAUCAACGAUCGUGAAUCUGGCGGAGGAAGCGAGGGAAGGAGUCAAAGCUCCGAGUUAUGCUGUCCUCAGCAUCUGCAAGUCUCUCUUCGCCGGUGGCGUCGCUGGUGGGUCACGAACUGCAGUUGCACCUCUGGAAAGGAUGAAGAUAUUGCUUCAGGUCCAAAAUCCACAUAACAUAAAGUCUAGUGGGACAGUCCAAGGGUUGAAGUAUAUUUGGAGAACGGAGGGGCUUCGUGGUCUGUUCAAAGGAAACGGCACCAACUGUGCUCGUAUUGUUCCUAAUUCUGCUGUCAAAUUUUUCAGCUAUGAGCAAGCUUCCAAAAAAUGCACAACUCACUCCUGUUUUGAGGCUUGGAGCUGGUGCAACUGCUGGCAUAAUAGCCAUGUCUGCGACAUACCCUAUGGAUAUGGUUCGUGGAAGACUAACUGUCCAGGUAACUUUUUUGUAAUAGCUAGAGCCUUACUAGUCAUCUUUGUUAACUCUGCAAACAUUGAUGAUAUUUCAAACAGACUGCGAACUCUCCUUAUCAAUAUAGAGGAAUUGCACAUGCUUUGUCAACUGUCGUGCGUGAGGAAGGUCCACGUGCCUUGUACCGUGGUUCCUUAUGUGGGCUUGAACUUUGCUGUCUACGAGUCUCUAAAGGACUGGCUAGUUAAAGACAAUCCAUUCGGACUGGUGGAGAACAAUGAGCUGACCAUUAUAACGAGACUCUCUUGUGGUGCUAUAGCUGGAACGGUUGGUCAAACGAUUGCUUAUCCGCUGGAUGUGAUUCGUAGGAGAAUGCAAAUGGUGGGGUGGAAAAGUGCGUCCUCUGUUGUUACAGGAGAGGGGAGAAGCAAGGCUUCGCUUGAAUACAACGGUAUGGUUGAUGCAUUUAGGAAGACAGUUCGUCAUGAAGGCUUAGGAGCAUUGUACAAGGGUUUGGUUCCCAACUCAGUGAAGGUGGUACCAUCAAUUGCGAUUGCAUUUGUGACAUAUGAGAUGGUGAAAGACGUUUUAGGAGUUGAGUUUAGGAUAUCAGACUGAGUCAGUUUGAUGAUAUCUUCAAGAAGAGAGCACACUUUCUAUUUUUGUAGCCGAGGAGACAGAAGAGAAGCUCGAAACUUAGGUGCUUUUAUUUGAAUCUCCUGCCAGCAUCCGUUGAAGGGAUGAAAGGCUAUAGGGCUUUAGCCAGACUUUCUAUUUCUUUCAUCUUUUUUCGUUCUUUCUUUCUAUUUAUAGAUUGAGUGUUCUUCUGAUAAUCAAAUAAGUGAGAGGCCAACUAUAGAUAGCAAAACCUAUUUGCUACUACUGAGUUUGUGCUUACAGGUUUUGGUUGUCUUAAAUUUCCAUUAUUUUUAUCUCUUAUGGAUUAGUUGAAUAAUUCAUGUGUGUUUUUGAAGAG